GGAAAUAUAACACGUAGUCGAUAUACACGCGACGAACACGUAGUAGUCAAAAGAAUCAGCAAAAGCAGCAGUAGGGCCGCCGGAAUCCCACUGUAUUCUAUUUCCCCCAACUUUAAAGGCCUUCAUCUAUCGCCACGUGUCCCCUCUCUCGAGAUUCCAUUUCCAAAUUAACAGUCGGUCGUAGGACUGUGUUCAACAUCAAAUCCCCAUAAAACUUUCCCCAAAAUUAUUCAAAAAAAUUCUUUAGAUGAUUCGAUCAAUUUUCAGAAAUAUGCAAAUUCUGUAGAUUUAUCUUUUGACCCAAUCAGAUUUAGCAGUUCAACAAGAACGAUCAGUUUCGCCAUUUUUUAUUUCGAUUCCUGGUUAAGGAAGAAGAAACCCUGUUCUUUGCUGCGUGUUCAUGCAAUUGUUUGCUCACGCAGUCAAGGAGCUUCGCAUAGGAAUGUAGUUGCAUCUCACAUAUAUGGAAAAAAAGUCAUCAUGACUUGGUUAUGUGGCUUUGUAAAAACUUGACUGGACGUCGAUAAUUUAUGCACAAUAUUCCUUUUCAGUUUCUAGCUAGUGGUAAAUAAUACCAUCGAUGUGGGGAUGCAAACGGUGCACACUUUCCCUACCCUCAGUGGUGACUGCAGAUGUGCACUGCCGUGCGAAUGAGCUUCCUUCGCUUAUGUACAACUUAGCAGAUCGAGAAACACUAGAUUUUUAAUCAUGGAAUCUGAUGCUCUUCUUCCCAGCUGGAUACGUAAACGUCCGGUUGAAAUGGCAGAAGCCCAUCUGUUUAUUAUUUCCUGUUGCGUUGCCGGUUUGGUGGGAAUCUUGACUAUUUACUAUACGGCUUUCCAGUGGAGAAGAAACAUCAAUUUAAGUUGGAUGAAAGCCAUCGCUAGGUCAAAGAAAAAUCCGAAAACAAGGAACAAGGUUGCACUGACUCCUCAUACUUGGGUUUUGGAAUCUGUAACUCGAGGAAAAAGUUUGAACUGCUGCGUAUGCUUAAAGUCUGUUUCACCUUCCCAAACACUGAGCCCCAUUGUAGCUUCGGAUAGUUUCAUCCACCGCUGCGGCAUAUGCGGUGCGGAAUCUCACUUGAGCUGCUCGUCGAACGCGCACGAAGACUGUAAGUGUGUUUCGAUGUUUGGCUAUGACCACGUAGUGCAUCAAUGGGCAGUGCAGUGGACCGAAGUAACCGAUCAAUCUGACGAAUCUUCAUUCUGCAGCUACUGUGAAGAGCCGUGCAGUGGUUCGUUUCUCGGGGGAUCGCCGAUAUGGUGUUGCUUAUGGUGUCGGCGCCUAGUGCACGUUGAUUGCCAUGGUAGCAUGUUUAAUGAAACGGGCGAUGUUUGUGAUUUGGGCCCGUUUAGAAGGCUUAUCCUAUCACCCCUAUAUGUUAAGCAGUUGAAUACGACUACUUCUGCCGGCGGAAUAUUGAGUUCGAUCACACAUGGAGCCAAUGAGAUUGCAUCUUCAGUCCGUGCUACCAUCAGAAGUCGAAGUAAUAAAAAAAAGCAUCGAUACGAGAGCUCUGCUGAUGCAGGUUGUAGUAGUAAUACGAGUGAUACGUCCACAGACAGUGCUGCAGAGACCAAUCAAACUGCUAACGGUACUCGUAGAAUAGGAGAAAACCAUAACGGAAAUACGGCUAAAGAAGAGGUGAAUCAAGAACCCGGAGAAGCAAAAACGACGGAAAGGACAUCCAGUUUGUACGGAAGCCCGUCGAUUAAUCAGAAAGAUGAGUUACAUUUGACAGGCACGAGACAGAAAUAUGAAUUGAUUGAUCUGCCGCCAGAGGCAAGACCGCUGUUAGUGUUUAUCAACAAAAAGAGUGGAGCUCAAAGAGGAGAUUCACUCAAGCAAAGACUGAACAUUAUUCUGAAUCCUGUACAGGUUUUUGAAUUAUGCUCGACGCAGGGGCCAGAAGCUGGACUUUACUUAUUCAGAAAGGUGCCUCAUUUCCGUAUUCUUGUCUGUGGAGGAGAUGGUACUGUCGGCUGGGUAUUUGAUGCUAUAGACAAGCAAAAUUAUGUUUCUCCUCCACCAGUAGCCAUUCUUCCUGCCGGAACUGGAAACGAUUUGGCUCGAGUUCUGUCUUGGGGGGGUGGCUUGGGUUCAGUUGAGAGGCAAGGAGGCCUUUGCACACUUUUGGAUCACAUAGAACAUGCUGCAGUUACCAUUCUUGAUCGAUGGAAGGUCUCGAUCUCAAACCAGCUGGGCAAACCACUCCAUGCCCCGAAAUUUCUCAACAAUUAUCUUGGGGUCGGAUGCGAUGCAAAGGUUGCUUUAGAAAUCCAUAAUCUGAGGGAAGAGAACCCGGAGAAGUUCUAUAAUCAGUUCAUGAAUAAGGUUCUUUAUGCAAGAGAAGGUGCUAAAAGUAUCAUGGACAGGACGUUUGCCGAUUUCCCAUGGCAAGUACGAGUUGAGGUUGACGGUGUUGAUAUUGAGGUUCCCGAGGAUGCAGAGGGUGUCCUUGUAGCUAAUAUCGGGAGUUAUAUGGGUGGUGUUGACCUGUGGCAGAAUGAAGACGAGAACUACGAUAAUUUUGAUCCUCAAUCUAUGCACGACAAAGUGCUUGAAGUAGUAAGCAUUUCGGGGACAUGGCAUCUAGGAAAGCUGCAGGUUGGACUAUCACGGGCACGUAGGAUUGCACAAGGUCAGUUGAUUAAGAUUCAGCUUCUUGCCGAUUUGCCCGUCCAGAUAGACGGAGAACCAUGGUUUCAACAGCCUUGUACAUUGACCAUUACACAUCAUGGACAGGCAUUUAUGUUGAAGAGAGCUGCAGAGGAGCCUCUAGGUCACGCAGCUGCAAUUAUCGCCGACGUUCUUGAAAAUGCGGAAACCAAUCACGUUAUCAAUGUAUCGCAAAAGAGGGCACUGCUUCAAGAAAUGGCUCUUCGUCUGUCCUAGUUUUUAUCUUUUAGGUUUAGCUGUAAACUCGCGUGUAGUAAGUAUAUUACAAGAAUACAAAAGAAUGAUAGUAGGUUAGAAGCCAUAUUGUGUACAAACUACUUAUCUUGUUUUAAAGUGAGGCAAUUUUGUUGGCUGUAUUAUUCCGGUAAAACAAUACGUAUAUUUAACUUAUAAACUUGUGGUGUUUUGCAA